UUUUGUGCACAUUAAUUUUUUUUCCAUCCCUCCGAUCCACCGUCGACUUGUGCGCGACUGGUUAAACGCGUUUUUCUUUUUCCUUCCUGUCUUUCUUUCUUUUCUUUUCUUUAUUAUUUUUUUACUGUCAGAUCCCCGCCGGAGAGAGGAUGGAAAAGGAUUUGCUCCUACUGAUUACAGCUGUUUCGUCUAAAGGGUGACUGGGUGAUGGAAUAGUGAUGAAGCCUAAUCGGUGGGGAAAUAUGCUUCCUCUACCCAGCUUUUCUCUUAUUUUCCAUUUUAUUUGCCUCUUCCUCCUCCUCCGUUUCCCUCCAACCUAUGCCCAGUUCUUGGCAGAACCUAGGGCAGGACAAGGCCUGCUGCUUUUCACCCAGCCUGCCUAUAAUGCCUCUAUCUUUGAGAACUCUGCUACAAGAACUUAUACCAGGAGUGAGGUCAAAAUGGGCAUCAUUCUUGGGCCACCUCGGUCUUUAGACAUUAAAUAUUCCAUUCAGUCUGGAGACGCUGAGGGAAUUUUCCAAGCUGAGGAGUUUAUAAUGGGAGAUUUUUGUUUCCUCCGCAUACGCACUAACGGAGGCAGUGGUGCCAUAUUGAAUCGGGAAGUGCAGGACAAUUACACACUGACAGUUAAAGCAUCUGCACAAGGAGGCCUAGAGGCCUUAGCGACUGUUUAUAUCAAGGUCUUGGAUACCAAUGAUCUCCGACCUCUCUUCUCCCCAACCUCCUAUUCAUUUGUUGUCUCUGAGAGUGCCCCUCUGGGUGCCAGCAUAGGACGUGUAACAGCCACAGAUGCUGACAUGGGCUCCAACGGGGAGUUCUACUACUUCUUCAAGACCAGAGUUGAACUGUUUGCUGUUCAUCCGACGAGCGGGGUCAUAACCCUGACUGGUCGGCCCAGGAUGGACAAAAAAGAUCGAUUUGAGCUGGAGGUGCAGGUGGUUGACCGAGGGAUGAAACUCUAUGGCAACAACGGUAUCAGCAGCACUGCUAGAUUAGUCCUAACUGUGCAGCGAGUCAAUGAAUUUGCACCCGUUCUCACCGCUGUUGCUGUCGUUCCAUCGUGGGUCGACAAAGACCCAGUCUAUGCCAUAGUUACUGUGGAGGACAAGGACGACGGGAUAUCGGGGGACAUAGAGUGGGUGUCCAUCAUUGAGGGUGACCCCUUCGAGCAGUUUGUGGUUGAUCGGUCACCCGUUGGGAAUGAAUAUAUGGUGAAGACCUCAGAAUUGCUUGACUGGGAUACAUUCCCUUAUGGCUGCAACUUAACUUUCCAGGCUAAAGACAGAGGUACUCCUCCUAAGUUUUCCAAACCCCAAGUUGUUCAGUUGUUGGUUACAAAGCCAGACCCGGUGUUGGCGAAGUUCGAGAGAGAUGUUUAUGUAUUUAAGCUGAGUGAAAUAGCUCCUCCAGGCACUAUUGUAGAGGUGGUGAAAAUCUCCCCAGCUCCUCUGAGUGUCAAUUACAGCUUCAGCGGCUUCUCUGAUCCAAUGUACUUUGAUAUAAACCCUUUGACUGGAGUUAUUACGACCACAAGGCAGCUGACAAGGAUAUCACAGGAUUUCAUGGAGAUGGAGGUGGUUGAUAUUAUUAGUCAGCAGCGGACGAGGAUUCAAAUCACCAUAGAGGAUGCAAAUGACAACUCUCCAGUGUUCAACAAGCCGUUCUAUGACAUCGCAAUCAACGAGAGCUUACCUGUCGGCACCGUUAUCCUCAUAGCAUCUGCGGCAGAUGACGAUAAAGGAGACAAUGGGUUCGUCACCCACACAAUAAGUGGUGAACAAUCUCUUCCAUUUACCAUAGAUCAGUACACGGGGGAGAUGAGGAUCACACAAGAUCUGGACUUUGAGUCAUCAGAUGAUAUGUAUGCUUUCGCAGUGCGGGCCUCUGAUUGGGGUACACCCUACAGACGGGAGACUGAGGUUAAUGUCACCAUUCGUCUUGUAAAUGUUAAUGACAACCAGCCCCUUUUUGAAAUGAUUUCUUGCAGGGGGAUGAUAAGCCGUGAUUUCCCUGCCAGCCAGACUAUUGUCACUAUGUCAGCUGUGGACAUAGAUGAGCUAGGAAUGGUGAGCUACAAGAUACUGUCCGGUAACGAGCUGGGCUAUUUUGACUUGAAUCCAGACACGGGGGCUUUGUCGCUGAAAAAAUCAUUAGCAGCGGAAAAUUUAAAAAGUGGGGUGUUCAACCUGAAAGUCGUGGCGACAGAUGGAGAGCUGUUCUCUGAUCCUACAUUUGUGAAUGUGUCAGUGGUGCGGGGCAGGAUGGCACCCAUGGGGUUCAACUGCAAGGAGACCAGGGUAGCCCAGCUGUUGGCAGAAAAAGUGCUCUCAAAAGCAUCUGCUAUGGCAAGACCAAGACCAGAUGAGAGAUUUACGGACCUUUUCUCUCUGAACAAACAGGCUCCACAGUUUGAGGCCUUGCCCACAAGUAUUCUAGUGAGAGAAGACCUUGCUGCUGGCACCAGUGUAUUUCAGGUGAGGGCACGCGAUGGUGACCCAGGCUUCAAUGGCCGUGUUCUCUUUUCCAUAUCUGACGGUAACAAAGAAAAUUGCUUCAAUAUCAACAUGGACAGUGGGCUGAUAACUGUGCUGCAGCCACUCGACCGCGAGCGAUCGGAUCGUUACUUCCUUAAUAUCACCAUCUACGAUCAGGGUGUUCCUCAGAUGUCCAAUUGGAGGCUACUGACUGCGAUCAUCGAGGAUGCAAAUGACAAUGACCCCCAGUUCUAUGAGGACAGCUACUCUGCCCUUGUUGUAGAGAACUCAGCCAUUGGUAUGGAAGUUAUCACCAUCACUGCGUUUGACAGAGACAUGGGUCAAAAUGGACAGCUCUCCUUCGUAAUGCUGACCAGUGUGCCUCAGUUUGGUAUUGACAGUGAGACAGGAAGUGUGUUCGUUGCCAGCCACUUGGACCGAGAAGCCAUCCAAAUGUUCACUCUGAAGAUCGAAGUGAGAGACAAGGCUGAAAGAGGCACCCGAAGGUCAGCAGUCACUACUCUAAGUAUAAUAGUGGACGAUGUCAAUGAUUGUGCCCCGGCAUUCAUCCCAAGCAGCUACAGUGCUCGAGUUUUGGAGGACCUCCCACCAGGGGCUGUGAUUACUUGGGUUCAGGCUCGGGACCCAGACAUUGGCCCCGGUGGACAGGUCCGAUACUCCUUGAUUAAUGACUUCAACGGCACUUUUGAGGUCGAUGCUGUGAGUGGGGUGUUGAGGAUUAGGAAGGAGCUCGACUUCGAGAAACAACAGUUUUUCAACCUAACAUUGAUUGCUGAGGACAGAGGAAUACCCAGCCUCAUCAGUCAGACGUUCGUUGAGGUGGAGGUGGUGGAUGUCAAUGAGAAUUUGUAUGCACCCUACUUCCCUGACUUUGCUGUGAGAGGCUCAGUGAAGGAGAACUCUCGCGCCGGCACGAGUGUCCUGACAGUCAGCGCUAAGGACGAUGACAAGGGGCGCGAUGGCGUGGUGAGGUACUCUGUCAGAGGAGGCAGCGGACUGGGCACUUUCACCAUUGAUGAAGACACAGGGGUGAUUUACACUGCGGGUAUACUGGACUGCGAGGCCAAAGACUCCUAUUGGCUGACAGUCUAUGCCACGGACAGAGCGGUUACACCACUGUCAGCUUCUAUCGAAGUCUUCAUCCAGGUAGAAGAUGUCAAUGAUAAUGCUCCCCUCACCUCGGAUCCUAUCUACCACCCAGCCGUCAUGGAGAACUCCCCGAAGGAUGUGUCAGUCAUCCGCAUCCAGGCACAGGACCCUGACCUCACCGCCACGCCCAGUCGUCUGAGUUAUCGCAUCACGGCUGGCAACCCGCAGAAUUUCUUCUCUAUCAACCCCAAAACAGGGCUAAUCACCACAACGGCGAGGAAGCUGGACCGGGAACAACAGGCGGAGCACUUCUUAGAGGUAACAGUUGUAGAUGGCCCAGUGACCACCCGCCAGUCUACCGUGUGGGUCAUAGUUCACAUUGAGGACGAGAACGACAACCCGCCCACUUUCCCGGAGGUCACCUACCGCAUCAGCUUGACUGAGCGAGACCGCAACAAACGCGGCGAGCCGGUCUACCGCGUCUUCGCUUAUGACCGGGACCUUGGCGCAAAUGGCAACAUCAGCUACAGCAUCGUUGACGGUAAUGAGGACGAGAAGUUCAGUAUUGACCCGAGGACUGCGAUGGUGUCAUCAAAGAAGAUGGUGACAGCCGGAAGCUAUGAUAUCCUCACUAUAAAAGCGGAGGACGGUGGUGAUCCCCCAUUAUGGUCGACUGUCAAGCUCCAUGUAGAGUGGAUUCGCAAACCUGUCCCCUCGCCUCUGCCCCUGCUUUUCACCCAGAGGGCCUACAAUUUCUCUGUUUCGGAGACAGCUGCUGUAGCUCAGCCGGUGGGAGUAGUUGCUGUCAGCCAGUCGACAACACCUGUCUGGUUCAAUAUCAUCGGCGGGCGUCUGGCCAGAGAAAUGUUCUACAUCCCUCAGAAUGCGUGUGGAAGAAACUGCUCCCUUGACACAGGGAGCUUUGACAUGCAGUUUGACCUUCAGGUGGGGGUGGGGACUCUAGUGGUGGCCAAGCCCCUGGAUGCUGAGGUGCAGUCUGUGUACAACAUGACUGUGCAGGUGACAGAUGGGACCAACUUCGCUACGGCGCAGGUGUUCAUCCGCAUCCAAGACAGCAACGACAACCCCCCAGUCUUCUCACAGCCGGCUUAUGAUGUCAGCGUCUCGGAGGACGUGCCGGUCGACAUGGAGCUGCUGCGGGUUAGAGCCUCAGACAUGGACGAGCGUGCCCGCCUCAGCUUCUCCAUCUAUGGCAGCGUAGACCCGGCCAGCAUGAGACUGUUCCGGGUCAAUCCCGGCACGGGGGUCGUCUACACCGCAGACAGGCUGGACUACGAGGCCAGGACACAGCACAUCCUCACUAUCAUGGUCAAGGAUCAGGAGUUCCCAUUUAACCGUGACCUGGCUCGUAUCCUGGUGGCGGUGGAGGACUCCAAUGAUAACAUCCCCUACUUCACCAGCACAGUUUACGAUGCUGUGGCCUACGAAUCGUCUCCCAGGGGCACGUCUGUAGUGCAAGUGACAGCCUUAGACAAAGACAAUGGGAUUAACGGGCAGCUCACCUAUACGAUGGAAGCAGGUAACACUGCCGGUGUGUUCGGCAUUGAUAAUGCCACCGGCCUUAUCUUCAUUGCCAGCGAUCUGGACCUCACCUCUGUGGGCUUUUACACCCUCACUGUGCGUGUCACGGACAGUGGAUUUCCUCCGUUAAUGGCCACGGCAUCGGUCCGCAUCUCCCUGAUACUCUCCGACUUCUCCAAGCCCAAAUUCUCUGAGAAGGAAUACCAGGCUGAGAUAAUGGAAAACAGCACUGUUGGAACGCACGUGACCACCGUCAGCGCCCUCAGCCGCUCAGCACUCAUAUAUGACAUCACCCGGGGCAACGAGGAACACUGUUUCUUCAUCAACCACCACACCGGGGUGAUCAGCACACGCAAACUACUUGACUUUGAGCAAAAAACAUCCUAUUUCCUGGUGGUGCAUGCCCUGAGCAUGGCUGGAGUGGAGGCCAGCACCACUGUCAUCGUCCAGGUGGGGGACGUCAAUGAUAGUCCACCUGUCUUCCAACAAAUCAGGUAUGUGGGAGCAAUCAGUGAGGCGGCUCCUGUCAACAGUGUGGUCCUGGGAGAGGAUGGAAACCCUCUGGUCAUCAGGGCGACCGACAGGGACCGCAAUCACAACUCGCUGUUAGUGUUCCAGAUCUUAGACGAGACUGCCCGUAUGUUUUUCAGUGUGGACUCCGGGACCGGAUCGAUUCGAACAAUUGCCAGUCUGGACUAUGAGACCUUCACUGAGUUCUUCUUCCGGGUUCAUGUUCGAGACAGUGGACAGCCUCCUCGAAGUGCUGAGAGCCCAGCAGAGGUGCUCAUAAAGGUGAUCAACAUCAAUGACUCGCCUCCAAAGUUAUCACAGGACAUUUACGAAACAGUGCUCCUCCUGCCGACCUACGUGGGAGUGGAGGUCCUCCGGGUCGAGGCUUCAGAUCCCGACAUGACCUCCGACCCCGCCCUGAACCCUGACAAGUCCAUCACCCCGCAGCUGCUUUACUCCCUGGUGGACAGCAACGUGGAGAACUUCUCCGUGAAUCGCUACACUGGAGUUGUGACCGUCGUUAAUGAGAACCUCAAUAAAGACCGGUACCGCUUUAAUGUAAAGGUAUGGGAUGGACGUUUCUCCAGCAUGGCGUUGGUCACAGUGCUCGUCAGAGAAGCCAUAGACAGCGGCCUGCUCUUCACCCUCCCGGUCUAUACCGCCUCCAUCCCAGAGAACGUGCCCAACAUCACUCUGGUGACUGUGGUCAACACCGUCGGCCACCGCCUCAACGAGCCGCUCAAAUACACCCUGCUGAACCCCGGCGGGCGUUUCACCAUUAGACCCACCUGUGGAGUCGUUCUUACCACAGGCGUAGCUUUCGACCGGGAGGAGAAAAGUAGUUACGAGCUGGUGGUGGAGGUCAGCAGAGAAGAUGAGAUACUGAGGGUUGCCAGGGUGACUGUGCAAGUUCAGGUGGAGGAUGUAAACGACAACGCUCCAGAGUUUGUGAACCUCCCCUACUACGCUGCAGUGCAGGUGGAGGCAGAUCCAGGAUCGCCUAUAUUUCAGGUCUCAGCCAUUGACCAGGACUUCGGUCUGAACGGAGAAGUGACAUACAGCCUCAAGGUGCCGCACAGAAACUUUCAGGUGAACCCUUUGACAGGAGAGCUGACCUUGAAGAGAGCCUUUGAGGUCGACCUGUCUAACGCAGAGUACAAGCUGGUCCUCGUGGCCUCAGACAGCGGCUUCCCCUCUCUGUCCAGCACCGUGGAGCUGCCCGUCACCGUAGUAAAUAAAGCUAUGCCGGUGUUUGACAAGCCCUUCUACGGCGUCACCGUCAGAGAGGACGCGGCCAUCUCCACCUCAGUCCUGUGCAUCAACGCCACCAGCCCCGAAGGCCAGAGCGUCAUCUUCACCAUCGCCGACGGAGACCCCACCUUCCAGUUUGACAUUGGCUUCGACACGGGAAUCAUCAGCGUGAUUUACCCGCUGGACUACGAGACCACGCAGUACUACCGGCUAACAGUGAAGGCCACAGACACGCUGACCGGAGCGAAGUCGGAGGUCGAUGUGGACAUCGUGGUGCUGGAUGUGAACGAUAACCCGCCGCUGUUCCAGAACACCUCGUAUUCGUCUGUGCUGGCUGAGAACUCCAUGAUUGGAACGACCGUCCUACAGCUGUUUGCCCAGGACCAAGACUCAGAGAAGAACGCCAUUGUGAGUUACCAGAUCCUCCCUGACGUCUACAACAGCACAGACUACUUCCUCAUCGACAUAAACAGCGGCCUGAUAUUCACGGCUCGCCUGCUCGACUAUGAGCUCACCCAGCGGUACAACUUCAUUGUCAGAGUGACAGACAGCGGAGACCCUGCCCUCAGCAGUGAUGUUAGUGUCACCGUGACUGUAACUGACACGAACGACAACCCACCCAAUUUCAGCCAAGCGCUGUACGAGGCCUUUGUCAGCGAGCUGGCUCCCAGGGGACACUUUGUGACUUGUGUUCAGGCGUCGGAUGCUGACAUCUGUGACGCACAAAGGCUGAGGUACAGUAUUCUCUCUGGGAAUGAGAGAAUGACUUUUAUGAUGGAGCCAGAUACAGGGGUGCUCAGUCUGUCUAACAAGAGGCGACAGGGCAUGAAACUCUCGUAUCAACUCAAUGUGUCGGUGUCAGACGGAGUCUUCACCAACACUGCUCAGGUGGUUGUACGCGUGCUGGGAGCGAACCUGUACAGCCCGGUGUUCAGCCAGAGGUUCUACCUGGCUGAAGUCCAAGAAAAUGCCCCUCCAGGGUCAAAGGUCAUUCAGGUUCGGGCAACGGACGAGGACUCCGGCCUGUUUGGUCAGAUCACCUAUUCCUUCAUCAACGACCUUGGGAAAACUCAAUUCACCAUCGAUGCAGAUGGAGUCAUCACCACUCUUCAGAAAUUAGACCGAGAAAAUCCUCUCAACAAGGACAUGGUGCUGACCGUUAUGGCCCUGGAUGGAGGAGGUCGUGCAUCGUUUUGCACGGUGCGAGUGGUUCUUGCCGAUGAGAACGACAACGCCCCUCGCUUCAGAGCUGUGGAGUACCGUAUGAGCAUUAAAGCGAACGUUGCCAAAGGUUCUCUGGUCACACAGAUCCAAGCCACUGAUCCUGAUGCUGGGACCAACGGGAGGAUCACCUACUCCCUCUACAGCGAGGCACGUCUGUCGCUGGUAGAUGUGCUGGAGGUGGAGCCAGACAGCGGUUGGAUGAUGACCAAAAGCACUGUGGACCACCUCCAGGGGACUGUGCUGUCCUUCUUUGUCAAAGCCACAGAUUGCGGCUCUCCAGCCAAACACUCUCUAGUGUCCGCCUUCAUCCAUGUCGUCCCACCGGACGCAUUUGUUCCUUCCUUCAGCCAGCCUCAGUACUCCUUCACCAUUCCCGAGGACACACCGGUAGGAACGGCCUUGGGCUCUGUGUACAUGGGCCCUGGACAGACCGCCUUCUUCAGCGUAGUCGGCGGGGAGACCUUCGACAGCAACCAGGGAGGGACGUUCCUGGUGGAGAGGGAAUCAGGUCUGAUCCGCCUGGUAAAGCCGCUGGACUACGAGGAGGUCAGCAUCUUCCGCUUUAAGAUCGCAGCAACGACAAGAAGAGACCUGAUCGAGUCCGUCUCCACUGUUGACCUGGAGGUUAAGAUCCUAGACGUGAAUGACAACAAGCCAGUGUUUGAGACGAAUACCUAUGUAGCCACGGUGAUGGAGGGGAUGCCGGCUGGGACAAGAGUGGUCCAAGUGCGGGCACUCGAUCCAGACUGGGGCUCUAAUGGGCAGGUGACCUACAGCCUCGGACCCCUGCUCACAUACAACUUGGACUUGACAAAAGACCCCCGCUCCUUUGGCGGUUCCAUCACUACGGGUUCCGUCUUUGCCAUCGACAGUAAAACAGGCUGGAUCACCACAGUGAGCCAGAUGGACCACGAGACCUGCUCCAGCUACAGCUUCGAAGUGGUGGCCUCCGACCUUGGCGAGUUUCAGUCCCUGUCCUCCACCACGGUGGUGACCAUCACCGUGUCGGACGUCAACGACAACCCGCCGCGGUUCGAGAGGGAGCUCUACCGGGGCGCGGUGAAGGAGAGCGAUCCCCUCGGCGAGGUGGUGGCCGUCCUGAAGACCAGAGAUCAAGACGGCACGGAUCAGAACCGCCUCGUCAGCUUUUACAUUACAGGAGGAAACCCGCGGGGCGUGUUCGGCCUGGCCCAGGUGCAGGGAGAGUGGAAGGUUUAUGUGAGCGGCCUGCUUGAUCGUGAGCAGCAGGACUGGUAUCUGCUCAACAUCACGGCCAGCGAUGGCCUGUACGUUGCCCGUACCGCUGUGGAGGUCACCGUCAUGGAUGCCAAUGACAACAGCCCCAUCUGCAACCAGGCCGUGUAUAGCGCCUCUUUUCCUGAGGACAUUCCCACUAACAAGGGCAUUCUGACAGUGGGCGCAACAGAUGCGGACUCAGGCUCCAGUGCCGAGAUCCAAUAUUCCCUGUUUGGCAUUGGGGUCGAAGAUUUCUACAUGGACGCAAACACUGGUGAGCUGCGCACAGCCACCGCCAUGGACCGAGAAAUGACGCCCACCUACAAACUCAUUGCCCAGGCAACUGAUGGAGGCGGGCUAUUCUGCCGCUCUGACAUUUCUCUCAAAGUACUGGACGUGAAUGACAAUGCCCCCUCUUUCUCCUCUACUCAUUACCUUGCUAGUGUGUAUGAGAAUGCCGCCCCCAAGGCGUUGCUUACCCGACUGCAGGCCAGCGACCCUGAUGAAGGCCUCAACCGCACAGUGGUCUACUCUCUGGCGGAUUCAGUGGGCGGCUUCUUCUCCAUCGACCCCAUAUCUGGGAUGGUGAUUCUGGAGAAGUCUCUGGACAGAGAGAGCCGAGAUUCCUAUCGCGUCCGCGUCCGGGCCACUGACCAGGCCGGACGACAGGGAGCACUGUCCUCGCAGGUGGAUUUAACCAUUCUGGUGCUGGACGUGAAUGACAAUGCUCCAGUCUUCCAGAGGAGGGACUAUGCCGUCACCGUCCCUGAGGACGUUGCUGUGGGAACCGAGGUGCUGCGAGUGCUGGCGACAAGUGUCGACAUCGGACCAAACGCUGAGAUCACCUACCGCAUCCGGUCAGGGAACGAGUUAAGAAAGUUCUCGAUAGACAGAAACCUGGGCUCUAUUUCGGUGGCUGAUGAUUUGGACUUCGAGGUGUGUAAAGAUUACUACCUCACGGUUGAGGCCUGGGACAGCGGGAACCCUCCUCUCAGCACUGCUACCAUGGUAACCAUUGAACUCAUGGACGUCAACGACAACGCUCCGGCCUUCAGUCAGGACAUUUACAAUGUUCUGGUCAGCGAGGACGCAUCUAUUGGGCAGUCGAUUACAAGGGUCUCAGCAGAAGACUUGGACAGCCAGGUGAAUGGGCGAAUCACCUACUCCAUCCUGAAAGGUGACCGCAGCAACCAAUUCUGGAUUGACCCCGUGACGGGACUGCUCAAAGUCAAUAAGCGGCUCGACAGAGAACUAGUAUCCAGGUACUCUUUGUCAGUGCAGGCGUUCGACAGCGGCUCCCCCGCCAUGUCCUCCACCGUCAUCCUGAACAUCGACGUGUCUGAUGUCAACGACAACCCUCCUGUCUUCACCCCUCCCAACUCCACAGCCAUCAUGCAGCUGAACCAGGCCGCCGGCACCACCCUUGUGCAGCUGUCAGUCAGCGAUAAAGACUCCCCUAGGAAUGGCCCGCCCUUUGAGUUUCGCAUCGUGUCUGGAAAUGACGGGAAAUUCUUCACCCUGGACCAGACUGGAACUCUGAAGUCCAACCGUGUGUUUGACCCUAAAGCCCCCAGAGAGUUCACUCUUGAAAUCCAGGCCAGUGAUUCUGGUAAGCCAAGUCUCUCCACCUCCUCCUGGAUCUUUCUGAGGGUCAUCGGGAACAGUCAGUACAAACCCUCCGUCUCGCCCUUGGAAAUCUUCAUCGUCAUGGUAACCGACACCUUUGAGGGUGGCCCGAUUGGUCGAAUCUACGCGACCGACCGCGACCCCAAUGACAUGCUGUCAUUUACUCAGAAGCUUCAGGCCAAGAGUAUGUUCAGGAUAAACAGACAGGAUGGCAGCAUAGUGGCUCUGCCGGGCCUGGAACCUGGCAGAUACCAGAUGAAUGCCACAGUGAGUGACGGACGCUUUGCUGUGAUAGCUGACGUGUCAGUCCAGGUCGAACAGGUGACAGAUGUACUCCUGCGCAGCGCCCUGACCUUACGAUUCAGCUCCCUGUCUCCGGAGGACCUGCUCGGUCGCUACCUGAGCCAGAUCAAAGUAAUGUUACGGGGGCUCGCCGGCUGGAAAUGGUCACCAGGACAACAAGAUCCCCUCCACGUACUCAGCGUACAACCAGUGAUGGGGACAUCUGGCGUGGACCUGCUCCUGGUAAUGGAGCGGCCAGAGGGCAGAGGACGGAUGGGUGGCGGGUUCUACUCCAAGCAAGAGCUGUCUGCGAAACUGGGGGAAGCGGCAGAGAGGGGUCUGAUUCGGGGCAUUCUAGCCGGAGCGGUGGUGGUGAACAGCGCUUGUUCUGGGGAGCUGGAGUGUGGGGACAGGGUGUGUGAACAGAUGCUGGUGAUGGAGGGAAGCUCGCCUUUCACCUACAGCACCGAGAGGGUCAGUUUGGUGUCACCGAGGUUCAGCUCUACAGAGAUCUGCACCUGCCCCGGAGGGACAUGUCCCACUCCUGUGGAGCUUUGUGAGGGUCAGUCCUGUCCAGCAGACAUGCAGUGUGUCCGCUCUGGUCCUACAGCGCCAUCUGUCUGCCAGUGUCAGCCGGAGAGACUCGACGAGUGUGCAGGUCAAACCUCUCUGAGCUUCUCUGGAAACAGUUACAUCAAGUACAGAGUGACAGAGAGUGGCCAGAGUGGGGAGAUGAGGCUCGGCCUGAGGAUCAGAACACUUCAGAGAAGAGGAGUGAUUAUGUUCACGCGUGUCAACCCUUGUACCAUGCUCAAGAUCGAAGGGGGUCGACUCUGGUUCCAGUUGGACUGCGACAACACCCUCGGCAUUAUGGGUAUCUCUGGCAGACCCAUAAACGACGGACUCUGGCAUGCUGUUGCCUUGGAGCUGACUAGGAACUACACCCUCCUGUCACUGGAUGACAGCUAUGUGGAGCGCCGCCGAGCAGCCCGAGCGCCUGUUCGCCUCUGGCCUCUGGCCCCGGAUUCGUCUUUUUUCUUCGGGGCCCAAGUGAGGCCGCCAAGCGGGCAAGGCGAGAGGCCAAGCCCAGGGCCAGGGAGAAGCCAGGGGGGUCCUGGACUCGGGGACCGUGGAGGGAGAACCCCGCCGAGAGCCCAGGACGGCUUCCAGGGCUGCCUGGGCUCACUGAUGCUGAACGGCAACGAGCUGCCACUCCAGAAUAAGCGGAGCCGCUUCGCUGAGAUAGCCGGGCUGAGCGAGGUCAAAUUGGGCUGCGUGCUUUAUCCGGAUCCAUGUGUCAGUCAGCCCUGCCUCAACGGAGCCAUGUGCAGCAGCCUGCCCUCUGGAGGCUUCGUGUGCAGUUGCAGCGCUGGCUUCACUGGGGGGCGCUGUGAAAUUGAACUGACAUCCUGCAUGCCCAAUCCCUGCCAGAACGGUGGGGAGUGUAAGCCUUUGGGCAGUGCAUUCUUCUGUGGCUGUCCAAGGGGACUCGGGGGACUUAUAUGUGACGAGGAUGUAAAUGAGUGCGACCAGAGCGAGUGUGGAAACGGAGGAGAGUGUGUCAACACGUUCGGGUCCUUCUACUGUAACUGCUCGGAGGGGUAUGAGGGUCAGUACUGCGACGAUCUCGCGCCUGAUGACCCGGGGGACGACACGCAGGCGGAGCCCCUGUCUUACGUCGGACCCGGGGAGAUAAUUGGCAUCGGGGUCCUUGCCUUCGUCAUCAUUCUCCUCCUCAUACUCUUCAUCGCCUUCAGGAAGAAAAUCAAAUUCAGGAAAGACUCAGAUCCGGGCCCAGGGACUCAGAGUGUGAUGGGCGUGUCAGCGAUUUCCACAGAAACCAGCUACAUGCUGCACAAGACCGGCAUGGGGGCAGAGGGGAUCGAGUUUAAAGCGGUGCGCGUGUCAGGUUCACCGGUCAACACGAGCACAUACGGCGAGGUGGGAAUGAGCACCGGAGGACCUCCUCAGGUUAUGGUGCGACCGACUGCCCACUCACCUCUUCCAGGUGGACUCAUAAACCCAGCCAUGAGGGGUGGGGAUGGCGACAAGACCACUUCCAGUGAGGGCAGUCAGUUCAGCAGCUUCCUCUCAGACAUGUCAAACGUCCGAGGCGUGGCCAACAGGAGGGGUAUCGCAGUGUGCAGCGUCGCACCCAAUCUCCCUUUGGCGUCGGCCUGCCGCGCAGAGCACAGUCCGGCCCACAAAGUGUCCUGGGAGGGUGAGGAAGCCAGGGAGGAAGGGCUGGAGCGCGCAAGGGAUGAGAGAGAGGAGGAAUGGGGGCAGAGAGCUUUUGAGUUGGAGAGAACACAGAGAGAUAGCAGUCCACAGGAUGUGCCAGAGCUGGUGGAUGAGGGGGCGUGUCUCUCAGACUCCACCUCUGAGGAACACUCCCUCAGCUCCUACACUUCUGAGUCCUUCGAUGACAACGCCUCCAUAGUGACAGUCAUACGUCUCGUCAAUGAUGCUGUUGAUAAUAUUGAAAGUGAAGUGUCGAACAUGGACAAAGAGCAGCGGCGGAACAGCCCUGCCUACCGCUGGGAGCCUUCCAGUCAGACCACGAGCUGGCUGUCACCGUCGCGUCUGCGUCCGCCAGAGGUGGGAUCUCAUUACGACCUCAGCGACACCCAGCAGAACAUCAGACGAGGAGGCAGCACGCGCUCUCUCCAGCUGGACUACAGAGUGAUGGGCCAUGGUGGCGACAGGGGCCAAGAGCGGGGACAGGAGACCGAGAAGAGGGCCUUCCAGUGGGAGAGGAAUCAGUCGGGCGAGUGGGUAAGGAAACGCAUCCUGGAAAGGGAAGAGAAGAGGCAUCACGACGGGGAAGGAAAGAACACAGGCAACAGGAGGAGAGACACGGGGGCGUGCCAGGACCACAGAGACCGUCAGCAGACGCACGGCCACGACAGCUGCGAAGACAGCUCCUCGCCCGUUUACGAGGAAUACCGCGAGGCCGGCCAGGACCUGGAGCAAAGCGAAGACACGGAGAGCCUUUAUGACACUCUACCCCCGACCCGACCAGCCUACGAGGGAUACCCGUCAAGCCCCCCGGGCAUCAACCUGCACCCGGCUCAGCUCCUGCCCCCCCUCAGGGCGUGGGACUUACAGACAGGGGAGUGGAGGGAGUCGCAGGAGGAUCGCGGAGGGGGGCUCGGCUCCAGCGGUCUGGCAGGCUCCGGGGACGAGCUAGAGAGACUACUGAACUUGGUGUCGCUCCGAGCCAGGAGAGCCACGCGAGUAAACAGAGCCUCGACCAAAUCUGAACCCACGGACUGGGAUGGAUUUAAAUGAGCACACAAGACUGUUUCAAAUGAAUAGAUUUAAUAAUCCUUUAUACAUGAAAAGAGAGGGAGGGAAGCUCUCUGAUUAUACGUGACAUUUAUGUAUACUACUACACCGUUGGUCCACCACCUCAAAAUAAUUAAAGGAGAAUAUUACCAUAUAUACUUGUA